AUGCAUAGCGUUUAUGCGAAUUGCAUCGUCAAUCUCUCCUUAGCACAAGUUGCUCAUCCAGGCCAAAGCUGCUUUGGAGGUUAUACUUUCGAUUCUACACCCCCAUUCGAAGCCGAGGCCGUCGGUAGAGCGCAUGGUCGUGGCUCUAGGGAGAUCCACAACUACACUGUAUUGUCGAUAGAUUACUUCCAAGAAGCACUAUACAGACAGCCCGUUGGUAGACGCGCAUGGGUCAUGCAAGAACGCUUGCUGGCUACCCGUGUCCUGAGCAUAGCUCAUGGCGAGCUCUUCUGGGACUGUUAUCAGGUUCCGCACGCGAGUGAAUCUCUCCCAAAUGGCUUCACACUCUGCUCUGAGCUCCAGAGGGGAUUCUUCAAGAGGGUUCUUCAUCUCUCGAUACCAUCCCUUCCACAUGCUUGGAGCAUCGAGGAGUUAGAGGAGAUCUGGUCUGGUAUUCUGGAGGAAUACACGGCGCGUGAGCUCACAUACCCCCAGGCUGAUAAGCUGGUGGCGCUCUCAGCUAUCUCAAUAGAUGUAGGCUAUUUCUUGAAUGACACGUACCUUUGCGGUCAUCUCCGCAGAACGGUACCACGUAGCCUGAACUGGAAAACAAUCGGUCAUUUUUACAGGCAGAGCUUGCUUAACAAGCAUGCGCCAAAACGACUGCCUAAGUCUUCAGGACAAAUGAUCGACGGGGACUGGCACAUCACUCCAAGCUGGAGUUGGGCAUCCAUGGAUGGUCCAAUAUCCACGUUGGGAACUCUUGCAAGGAGUAUAACGUUCUUCGCAGUCAUGGAAGCAUAUAAGCUCUUCCCAGUCGGCCGUACAGAGCCUGAAGCAAAAUCAGGAAAUAAGCUCUUAUUGACCAUUCGAACCUUGUGUCAUAUCAUCGAAUGGAGGAACGGUGGGCCAGAAUACAAUGAUGUAUACGCUAAGAUCUUCAAGAUGGACGAUAUGGAUGAUCUACUAGCAGAUGGAAGUCAGUAUCUACUCGCGGGGCUCGGCCACCACAACAAUCUUGACGUGGUUCAAGGUCUGAUACUGAGAGAAAUUGACUUCGAUGGCAACAAGGUAUACGAAAGAAUGGGUCAUUUUAGCUGCUUCUUGAGAGAAACAGACGCAAACAGAAACGGAGGUUGGAAGACACACUUUACUCAUGGGGAGCGUUCGAUAACCCUUUGUUGA